CGCCAUCAUCCACCGGACAGCCACCACCUCCAUCCAUGGCCACGGCGGCCAUGGCCUUCUCCCCGGCCCUCCACCACCCGCCCCGCCUCCGCCACCUUCUCCUCUCCUCCAUCUCACUGUCCUCCUCCUCCUGCCCAUACCCAUGGCUCUCGGCCUGGUCCCGCCCCCGCCGCGGCCUCCGCCCGCCAGCCCCCGCGCUCGACCUCCGCCCAGAGCCCUCCCCCACCUCCGACUCCGACGAAGAGGACUCCGUCGGCACCAGCCGCCACGCCGGCCGCUCCACCAUGUCUCUCAUCCUCCGCCGCCUCCAGCGCGCGGGCUACUCCCCGGAGCCCCAGGCCGCCCAUGCGGCCACCGCCUCCCGGCACCCGCAGCGGGGCUCCGUGGAGGACGUGUUCCGCGCGGACGACGGCGUGCUGCCGAACGCGCGCGGGGGGUUCGACGAUGACGCCGAGUCGUCGCUCGUGGACGCGCGGUUCCCGUGGGAGCGGCCCAUGCCCCCGCCCGAGGCGGCGGCGCGGGCUACGAAGUCCCCCGUGUGGAUGGCGGAGCUCACUCUUCCCGAAGCCGAGCUGCGGCGCCUGCGGCACGCGACGAUGAGGAUCAAGUCGAGGAUCCAGGUGGGUGGUGCUGGGGUCACGCGGGAGAUCGUGGCGAAGAUCAAGGAGAAGUGGAAGACGGAUGAGGUGGUCAGGGUCAAGGUCAGCGGCACGCCUGCGCUCAACAUGCGCCUCUUUCAUGAGAUACUCGAGAGGAAAACAGGGGGUUUGGUAAUAUGGAGGUCAGGAACUUCUGUUUCUCUGUACAGGGGAGUAGCCUAUGAUGUACCUGAGACCACUAAGGGAACAAAUAGAAAUUGGCAGGCUCUUGGUAUGAAGUCCUCAAUUAACAUCCCACCUAUGCCUUCCUCCCUACCUAACGAGAAAGUAAAUGGCAUGCAAGAUAGGGUUGGAGCUUUGGUCGCCGUUACUGAGAAUGAGGAAACAGCUGAAACUGUUCCAGAAAUCAAAUAUGAAGAAGAAAUCGACAGGCUGUUGGACGAGCUUGGCCCAAGAUAUAGUGACUGGCCUGGAUCAAAUCCCUUACCAGUAGAUGCAGAUUUGCUUCCUGCAACUGUACCAGGUUACAAACCCCCUUUCAGAGUUCUGCCAUAUGGAGUACGGCGUUCUCUCAGCCGGAAGGACACUACCAAUUUACGACGUCUUGGUCGGGGACUACCUCCUCACUUUGCUCUUGGACGAAGCAGACAACUCCAAGGGUUAGCAGCUGCUAUGGUGAAGUUAUGGGAGAGAAGUUCCAUUGCAAAAAUUGCUUUGAAAAGAGGAGUGCAGCUUACCACAAGUGAGAGGAUGGCGGAAGAUCUCAAAAAAUUAACAGGUGGUGUAAUGCUUUCAAGGAACAAUGACUUUGUAGUGUUCUACAGAGGAAAGGAUUUCUUGUCCUCAGAACUUGCUGAGGUGCUACUAGAGAGGGAAAGAUCAAUGAAGUCUCUACAAGAUGAGGAGCAAGCACGGCUAGAUAGAACGCCAUCUUUCGCUUCCAGCACUGAAGCAUUUAUAGAGCCCAGUGUUGCUGGCACUCUUGAAGAAACUCUUGAGGCUAAUUCUAAAUAUGGAAAUAAAGUGGAUGAAAAUCACAUGGACAAAAUGACAAAGACUGUGGAAGCUGCGAAGCAUGCUGAUGUUGUAAGGAAAUUAGAAUGGAAGCUCUCACUCGCAGAGAAAAGGAUAGCAAAAGCUGAAAGAGUGCUUGGAAAAGUCGAAACAGCCUUGAAGCCAUCUGAAGAUACCAACCCACAUGAAACCAUAACAGAAGAAGAGAGAUUCAUGUUUCGGAAACUUGGUUUAAGGAUGAAGGCAUUUCUGCUCCUUGGUAGAAGAGGAGUUUUUGAUGGUACAAUUGAAAAUAUGCACCUGCACUGGAAAUAUAGGGAACUGGUGAAAAUACUGGUGAAAGUGAAGUCUUUUACAGAGGUCAAGAGAAUAGCACUGUCACUUGAAGUUGAGAGUGGAGGUAUUUUAGUUUCUGUGGACAAAGUCUCCAAAGGCUAUGCCAUUGUUGUGUUUCGUGGCAAGGACUAUAGACGGCCCUCCAUGCUGAGACCUAGGAAUCUUUUGUCGAAGAGAAAGGCUUUAGCUCGAUCCAUUGAGAUACAGAGAAUGCAGGCCCUCAAUCGUCAUAUUGGAAAGCUAAACAGAAGAGUGAAUCAGCUCAGAUCAGAACUGGUCCAAAUAGAAGGCGCAAAGGACCAAGGAGACGUGGAGCUAUACGCCAAACUAGAUUCUGCAUAUUCGAGCGAAGAUGAAGAUGUGGAGGACGAGGACGAUGAGGCUUAUCUCAGGAGCUUUGACAGCGCGGUUGGCAGGGACACAACCGAUGAUGGAAAUGAAACCAUCCUUCAUGACAGCGACUCCAGUUACGAAGAUAACGGCGAUUACGCUGAAGAAGAUGAAGAUGACGAAUACGAAGAGGACGCAGAAGGUUCUGACUACGAAGAUUACGACAAUGUGGUCGAAAACAGCGAACCCUCUGUAAUUUCUGGUGGUUACAUGGAUUCGGAUUAUUCUGCCAGAGAUUGCAAUAGGCUAGAAGGAGGUAAUGAACCAGACGGAGGAAGCAGCGAUGCAGAUGACAGUAGAAACUCGUCGCCAUACAGACACCGGGAUCAGCCAGCCAAAGCUGACCAACUCACGUAGCUAGCUAGACGGCCUAGACCGUCCCUGUACAGUCAGUAAAUAACCAUUCUAUUCUAUGAUCAUCCGAGCUGCUUCAAUAUUGUUCACCCUGCAGCACCGCUCGGUAAGAUACGAAAACGGAGAUUCCUGUUUUUCUUUUUCUUUUUUGAGAAAAGAUUCCUGUUUUGCUG